UGCAAUAGUUCUAGACGGCGAGAACUAGUCUAAUUGUGACCGUACAGGCGGCAGUUCGGGACGGAGUACGCGAUGCGUGGAUUGUUUUAGUGUUUGCUGAGGAAGAAGGGUACAAAUCUGUUCCAGGAUGAAGUCAACUUUCGGGAUCUCGCUAGUUUUAGUUUGCUGGUGUUGGGGUGGGGGCCGGGGCCAGACCAGUAUAAUGUCACUUAUUGAGUUCCUGCAGGAUGGUGGGAAGAGACUGAGCAGAGAACUUCCGGACCAUAGAAGCAUCGAAAAGGAGUACGACUUUGUGGUGGUAGGAGCCGGAUCGGCGGGAUGUGCCCUGGCCGCCAGGUUGUCCGAGAUAAGUGAUUUGAGUGUGCUUUUGAUUGAGGCUGGAUCCAAUGAGAACUUGCUGAUGGAUAUUCCGAUGUUUGCGCAUUAUUUGCAAAAUUAUGACGUGAACUGGGACUAUAGGACAAAGCCAAGUGAUCAGUACUGUUUAGCGUUCAAGAACAAUCAAUGCAGGUUCCCACGGGGCAAGGUGAUGGGAGGAUCAAGUGUACUUAACUACAUGAUAUACACCAGAGGGAAUAAACGUGACUUUGAUAGCUGGGCGGCCGAUGGAAAUGAAGGCUGGAGCUACAAGGAUGUGCUACCGUACUUUCAAAAGUUAGAACACAGUACGGUUCCCGACGCAUACCCAGGUUAUGCUGGAAAGGAUGGACCCCUCUCGGUUUCGUACAUCCCGUUCAAAUCUCAGAUCGCCAAAUUGUUUGUUGAAGCAGCCACAGGAAGUGGAAUUCCUUAUGUAGAUUACAACGGACCAGAGCAGAUCGGAGUAUCGUUCAUCCAAAGCACUACUAAGAAUGGCUACCGUGACAGUACAAACGCAGCAUACCUGUAUCCAUUGACAAAUAGAACGAACUUACACGUGAAAAAGAAGAGUCAGGUUACCAAAGUGUUGAUCGAUAGAGAUUCCAAACGAGCAGUGGGAGUACAGUUUUAUCACAAUCGAAAGUACUAUACAGUGAAAGCGCGUAACGAAGUGAUCCUUUCCGCGGGUGCCAUUGGUUCUCCACACCUACUGAUGCUGUCUGGUGUGGGUCCAAAACGGCAUCUGCAGGAGAAAGGAAUCAAACCAAUCGUGGACUUGCCCGUGGGAUACAACUUCCAGGAUCACACCGCCGCAGGAGCGCUCACCUUCAUGGUUAACAACACGUCAAGCAUGAUGCUGGAACGAAUGCUAUCGCUGGAGCACUUUAUGGAGUACCAACUGCAACACCAAGGACCACUGACGUCAAUCGGAGGAUGUGAGUCGAUUGCAUUUUUCGAUUCCGAACACCCAAACGAUCGUGAUGGAUGGCCGGAUUAUGAACUGUUACAGAUUAGUGGAACCAUGGCCGGAGAUCCAUCCUUUGAGCGCAACUUCAACUUUAAACAUGAAACGUUCCAGAAGAUGUUUGGAGAAAUUCAGCGUAAAAGUCUCAGUGGGUUCACCAUCUUUCCCCUCAUCCUUCGACCGCGCAGUAGUGGCCGCAUCUACCUCAAAAACUCGAACCCGUUCCGCUAUCCGGUGAUAGAGCCAAACUACUUCUCAGAUCCGUACGAUUUGGACAUUUCCGUGAAGGCGAUCCGCAAAGCGCUGGAAAUCGUGGAACAUCCGGCAAUGCAACGCAUCAACGCCCACCUGUUGCAGAUUCCGAUGCCGGGCUGUGAACAGUUGGAGUUCAACUCGGAUGACUACUGGCGAUGCUUCACGCGGUACGCCACCUACACCAUCUAUCACCACGUGGGCACGUGCAAGAUGGGACCUCGCAAGGAUCCGACGGCGGUCGUCGACGCACGGUUGCGAGUUCACGGAAUCAAGGGACUGCGGGUGGUGGACGCCAGUAUUAUGCCAAACGUGCCCGCCGGACACACCAACGCCCCCACGGUUAUGAUCGCCGAAAAGGCUGCCGAUAUGAUAAAGGAGGACUGGAACAUGGUACGACGGUAAAAUGAGCUUUUGUUAGGAAUAAGUGGUAGCAAAUCGGAGGGUCAUUAGUGAAAGACUGUGUAAAUAAAUUAUUUAGCUAAAUAUUUAAAAGAAAAAAAAA